GCUAUUUUAUGUUUGUAUAUGUGUUCUUUGUAAAAGGACGGACUUAACCUUCGAUUCACGAGUCGAACCCCACCAUGCUGUAGAACACUUGCUGCAGUAUUGUGGUUUAACUGAUUACAAGAUCAAUAUGGAUCCUGCCUUAUUGAGAGAGCGUGAAGCUUUCAAGAAACGUGCUUUGUCCAAUCCUGUUGUUGAGAAAAAGAAGGAAGCGACUGAGCCACCAAAAAAGAAGCCUAAAUCUUCAUCUCAAUCCAAGCAACCUAAAGACUUCAAUUACAAGACUUAUGGUGGAAGUUCACAGUAUAACUUUGGUAUUUUGGCCAAAAUUGUCAAGCAUAUGAAACAAAGACAUUUAAAUGGAGAUACUUAUCCUUUGACUUUGGAAGAAAUCUUGGAUGAAACAAACCAACUUGAUGUUGGCACAAGGCAGCGAGCGUGGCUUAUUAAUGAGGCUCUGGCAAACAAUCCAAAAGUUCAGAUCAAUGCCGAUGGCAAAUACCUGUUUAAGCCACCACUCAACAUCAAAGACCGGAAGAGUCUUCUCAGGCUAUUGGAUAAGCACGAUCAGCGAGGUCUUGGAGGAAUCACUCUUGAUGAUGUUCAAGAAUCCAUCCCAAAUGUUGAAAAAGCAUUAAAGGUUUUAGGUGAUAACAUCAUACAAAUUGUCCAGCCGAUUAGCAAGAAGAAAAUUUUGUUUUAUAAUGAUAGGGCUCUUCUCUUCAGUGUUGAUGAAGAAUUUCAGAAAUUAUGGCGAAGUGUUGCUGUGGAUGGCUUGGACGAUGAGAAGAUUGAAGAAUACCUCCAGAAGCAGGGAAUCACGUCUAUGCAAGACAUUGGAGUGAAGAAAGUGACACCGGUUCAAAAGCGAAAGAAGCCAAGCAACCGUAAUAGGAAUUUCAAGAAAUUGAACCAGCACAUGAGUGAUAUUCUACAGGACUACACAGACAAAAAUUAGCUUUUUUGAACGAUGUAAUAUGUAUAACACUAUUUCAUAUUCAUUAUGUAAAUUCAUAGAGUUCAUCAUAUCUAAAUAAAAUUAUUUAUUUUUCUUUCCUCUA